AUGUUCAGCCAACCCAGGAUCACCAAGUUCGUCGACAGCCUGCGCAAAGUACCCGAGGGCGAAAGCAUAGAGCAGUUAAAGCUUAACGAUUACCUCCAGCCUUGGGGAUUUACCAUCUAUCGGACGUACUACGGACCCGGAUCUAAUGAGCAAUGGGACAAGCUGUUACAAAACAUUACCACUGGUGUCAAGAAUCGACUCAAAGCGAGUGGAGGAUCAAAUGAAGACCCUGCCAUGAUUGUCAAAGCGGAGGAACUCUUCAAACUGAUCGUGAUCCGAGGAGCUAGAUGGUGUAUAAAGGAUGUCUUCUACACCUUUAUUCCUUCUUCUACAACCCCGACACCUUUUCAAAAGUUUAUUAUCAAAAAUAUUUACUCUACCUGA